AUGAAGGAAGUGGCCAAGUCGUCUCUCCAUUUAAAUGCCCCAAGGGCAUCUCGUUCUCUAAGCGCGGAUGGUCGACAUUCUCCUUCUCCAAGAUGUUCGGGCGAUCGGGAGAGUAAGUGAUGACGUCGUUAUUAGAUUCUGUUUGCGAUGUAUAUGUAUGUAUCUAUAUAUAUAUUACGAUAACCAUACGUGUCGGGCCCGUUUUCGUUGAGAGCAAUGGAAGCUGUCCCCGAACAUGAUUCGGUUGAUUCCACCCCUUUUGCAGGUCGUUCAAGGAAACUCGAGAGAUCAAAUUCCCUGACUAAUAAUCGUUCGUCAAUACCUCUUUUGCCAAUAUUGUCCGCUGCUCAAAUCCAGGCAUUGAGGAAGUCCUGGAGGCAUAUAAACACGAAAGGAUUGAACGGUGUCUUCCGGAGAUGCUUUCAGAGGGUGAGUUUUGUCAUCAUUUUGGAUUCCAUGAAUAUUUAAGACACUACUUUUCAACCCGUCACUUUGUCAUCAUUCGCCAUUUUAUCUCCUUAUUCUGACGAAAAUUGCAUUUUCUUGCAAAACUUUUACCGCCCUAACAAGAAAAAUUCGACAUUACUAAAAGUCACAUAACAUUUCUGCUUUUAGCUCGAAAGUGCGAACCCAUCAGUUUCCGGCGGAUUCAGAACAGAACGGCCCGGCUCGACAUCUUCGACACAGACACUUAUCGAGCAUUCCAAGUUUCUGACUCUUCUUUUUCAUCGCAUCAUUGUGGAGAGCGAAGAGGUAUGAGGAUAUUUAAUAUUUUUUUACUAUCAGUCUGUUGGGAAAAUAACGGCGGAUCGUCGCGCCUCGGAAUCGCCCAUCAUCGCUUUGCGACGGCUGCCGAAGCUGGAGAUUUGGUGCGCGACGGCACCCUUUUUUCGGCGAAGCGAAACAUUUUACUGCGACGACCCGCCGUUAUUUUCCCGACAGACUGAUAUUCCAGGAGAAACAUAUCGAUCAUGACCUAAGGCCCAUUAUGACCCGAAAAGGCCGAUCAUGACCCAAAGUCGCAAAAAGUCGUCCUUUCUAACAGAAAAUCGCUAGCCAAGCACCAGGGCUAAUAUCUAACUGGUCCAAAUGGAUAGCCAAGCACGCUGUUACGUUUUUCUUAAAUAGUACUGUUAAAAAGUCAUUUUUUGGAAUUUAAAAAAAAAAAUACUCGAUUUGAGGCUUUCGAAGGUACUGGUUUCGAAAGUUAUGUUCAUUUUUCCUUAUAUUAGCACUAUGUAGUACUGCUGUUACUAUUAAUAUAUAGUACGAGGUGAAAAUUUCGCCUUUAGGUGCCAAUGGUGUUGUUUUGGUGCCUAGUGCUGCUCAAAAACACGUUUAAAGGCAUAUAUAGCACUAAAUUGUACUCAGUUAUAUAGUGCCGAGUCUUUUUUGGCUAAUAAAAAAAGUAACAGUCACCGAGAUCUUAUGCAGCAAUUUGGACCAGUGAGCUAUAGCCCUGGUGCUUAGCUAACGAUUUUCUGUUGAAAAGGACGACUUUGUGCGACUUUGGGUCAUAAUGGGCCUUGGGUCAUCAUCUACGUUCAUUCCAGGACUUGGAUGCUUAUCUUCGCCAAAUUGGAGCAAAACAUGCUUUCUUGUACGAAGAAUGCGGCCUUGGUGUCCCCGAAUUGGAACGAUUGGGAGAACUGGUAGCCGAAGUCCUGUUAAAAUUGGAUGGGAUCAGACAAAGCAAAGAAGCAACGUGAGUGCAUUGAAUCUUUAAUAUAAUUCUUACCUUUAAUUGCAGGAAAGUUUGGAGAUUGUUAAUUUCCAAAGUCAUCGAUUAUAUUCGAGAUGGUUUCGAGAGUGAAUUGAGAUUACAACGACGAAAAGUCUCAGCUUUCCAGCCAGGAAUCGAUAAUCGGUAAGCAAUAUUAUGUCAUAUUACGCAAUACAAUUUUAUUACUAGUCCGUUCGUAAAGUCGCUGGAGUGACUUCGGCACUGUGCAAGAAAAGUCGUGCGGGCGACAGCCGAAAAAAGCCUACUGCACUGUGCAAAAAAAUUGCAAAGUGCAAGGUGCACUUUUGUUUCUUUUGUCGCCAAAACCACUCCAGCGACUUUGCGAACGGACUAGUAUUGACAUAACAUGAAAUUAUUUCUUUUCAGUCGGAACUCCAUGCCCAGUUCCCAAAAUCGGAAGACUUCCAUGAAGUUGAACAUUGGCCCCGCAGUCCGAAAGUUCUCCAAUUUUCGCUGA